AUGGCCGGCCUAAAGCAGAAGGAAAAGGGAACAAAAGGUUUCACCCUUAAUACUCUGUUUACUCCUGAGAUACUGUCGUUUCCCCUGCUGGAUAGAUUCAAGUAUUCCAGUAUAAAAGAGUACGACGGGACUACUGAUUCGAGAAAUCAUCUCAACAUCUACAUUGACGUCAUGAAUCUGCAAGUUGCUCCAGACCAAGUGAUGUGUAAGGCUUUCCCUCAAAUACUGACCAACACUGCCAGAGAUUGGUUCUCAACCUUGGAACCCAAUUCCAUAUCUUCCUUCGCGGACCUGACCGAUAAGUUUUCCACUUUCUUUGCCAGUAGCAAACUCAUCAGAAAGAUGGCAGCCUUCCUCAUGCAACUCUACCAAGGACAGAAUGAGACUUUUCGUGACUUCAUGACGAGGUUCAAUAAGGAAAGGUUGCAGAUCCCCAACCUCCAUAUCAAUGCAGUAGUCUCCGCUCUUACUCAUGCUAUAAGAUUGACCGAGCUCUUGACCAGAAGUGAGAAGUACAUUAAUAUGGAGGAAACAUUAAGUCGAAAGAGAAUCGGCCUGACUCAAGAAAGGGCCAAGCACAAGAGGCCAUAUGACUCAAGUCAACGGCAAGAGGCCCCUCGAAAUAAGCAGAGGCAGGAGACCCCGCCAUCAUUAUUCUCCAAAAUACUUCAAGAGCCAACAUACUGA